AUGCUUCGCUGCAUAAGGCAGCCAAAAUGCCUUGCUUUGCGCGUUAUACGGCAUACUUCUUCCACCUCCGAACCAACUCCUCCAUUGCUCGCCAAAAUCAGAAACGACUUAAAAAGUGCUAUGAGAGCGAAGGACAAGUCAAGGUUGAAUGUUCUUCGAGCCAUCCUGUCAGACGCGACCAAUGCCUCGAAGGGGCCUUCUCCAGUAAAGACAGACGUACAAGUGCUUGCUUUGCUCAGGAAAAGGUUAGCCGGAUCGAAGGCAGCAUCUGAGGAAUUUGCGCAAGCCAAACGGGACGAUCUGAAAGCAAAGCAAGAUGAGGAGAUUGCUGUCAUGGACGAGUACGCUGGUCAAGUUGAGACAGUCGCAGAGGAAGAUAUUGCGACGGCAGUUGAGCAAGCGUACCAAGCUCUCAAGGAUACGGCGAAAUUGAACGCCGGAAUGAUGCUAAAAGAACUCCUACGUCCUGGGGGCCUGCUCAACGGGAAAGCAGUGGAUGGGUCACGAGUAGCCAAGAUGGUACAGGAGAUCCUUCAAUCCAAGACGUGA